GUAAAUCGUGCAGCCAACAUGAAGAAUUCUUCAGCAGCAAGAGUAUUAUCUCCAUAUGCAAAGAGAAUGGCGACACAGAGGCAAGAGCGUAAAAUUUCAUCUAGUACAAAUCCGGGAGCCAUAUCCAGUGCAAGCAAAGCAAAGGUGAUUUCUAGAUUGCCAUCUCAUAAACCCACAUGUGCCAGUGCACCAGCCACUAUAGUUCGACUGCCAGCAGGGAGAAAAACAGCUACAAAUCCACCACUUACAGCUAAGCAAGGUGCAAGCAGUACGAGUCUUGGGGUUCCUAGAGAGAGGCAGAGUGCUCCUUUAGCACAGCCUCGCACUCAGAGACAGGCCACCUACAUGAUGGUACCAGUCAGGAUGAAGAAGGCUGGGUUGAAACUUUUGGACCCUGAGAAAGUGAAGAAUUUGACCUCCCUAGCAGCAGCUAUGCCUUUUGAGUCAGGAGAGGCGAGAUUGCACUCAUAUCUUCACCAGGAACAUGCCAGCAAGCAGCGUUCUUUGAACUCCAGGCACAUAACAGUUCUCAGAUUCCCAGUGAAACAGGUGUCCCUUUCAAGGAAGAGCGCUGGAAUUCCUAGAAGACGGCAGGACAGUAACCUAUCUACAAAACAGAACAAACCCUCAGAAGAUCAUGAAAGCCAUCUGCUGCUGACCCACCAAAUAGAUGGUCUGGUCCUUAGUGAGAAGGAUGCUUCAGAAUCAGAAUCCAGCUCAUCCAACAUCGGGCAAGAGUCCUAUAACCCUCAAACUUUACCCCAGCUUAUUACCAAUGAGAAAUGUAAAAGCAAACAUGAUGAGACAGCUUGGAUUGAUGGUAGUUCCAUAGAAGAAACCAAAAAUAGAGACCCACUGGAAAUGCUGACCUUUCGAGAAAGAAUUUUGGAUAUUAAAGAUGUCAAAGAAGAAGAUUUUGAAACAAAGAAAAAAGUAGAAAUCCAAGGACAACUUUUAGGAGAAACUGAGUCAGAUUAUGAACGACACCUUAGUAGUAAGGAGAACCAUGAAACUGAAGGACUUCAGCCUGAGGUAGCAUCUUCUGACCUUACACAGUCUCAAGCAAAUGCUUUACACAACACACAAGGAGAAGUGAGCACCAAAACGCAGAGUCAAGAAGAUACCAUAUCAAGUCAUGAACACUUGAAGAAAAGUCCUAGGGUCAAAAUAAGCAGUGAAAAUAUUACAUCAAAAAGUCCUAGGGCCAAUGAUGCAGAGGGUACAGAUGAACGGUGUGUGUCAUUACCAGUAGAAGAGAACCUAUUGGCACAGAAAAUCAGUGUGGACUUUGGCCAAGCCUCAAAUAUAGCAGACAUAAGAGCAUCUAGUAGCCAAGAGGACACCAAGUCACACAUUUCUUCAAGGAGAAAUGAUGUCAUAAGGAGGAGUCAGGGAGUACUGGUACUAACAAGAAGUACAGAAGAAAAUGCAAUCUUUAUCCCUAAACUUAACUUUCAGUUCACCCCUGAUAACAGCAUAGACUGGACCGCAUUGCCUCAGUCGCUACCAGACAAGCACGGCAAUCAGGUCAAAGAGAAAAAACCCAGGAUUACAAGGCCAUGCACCCCUAGAGGACCCUCAUUCAGCAAAAGUGUCCUGAAGAAGUCCUCUGCUUCUCAAGGGUAUUUUCCAGCUGCAAAGGGCAACUCUGAAUCUACUCCAGGAUCAUUUGGAGCAGAAAGUUCUGCAAAAGACAAUUGCUCUCCACUCUAUGGGAUUGUGGACCUCUCCAUUUCAUUUCAAGAUAAAUACCAGGGAGAUGAAAUACCAAAAGACAUCCCCAAAAUAUUACUGAUGGAGGAAGAUAGUGAUGAGGAUUAGAAGACACGGCUUCAGACAAAAUACCUCUUGUGCACAUUGUGGGAAAGAUCAACUCACAACUUGCUGUUUUUCUUUAUCGUACACCACGGGACACAGAGUCAUUACAUAGUGGGUUGUAUGGUCACCAGAGGUGAUUGGAUUGGUAGACGGAAGCUUGGAAAAGAGGAUGUCCAUAGCAACCAGAAUCUACCUAUUUCCGCCCUGUAGGGAAAAAGAGGUGAUUAGUUGGUGUAGACCAGUGGUCAUCAACCCUGUUCUCAGGGCCCACUAACAGGCCAGGUUUUAUGUAUUACCUUGGGGAGA